AUGGCCCACCAGGACAGUGAGGACUUGGAAGGCCCCGCUUCGCCUCAGUCAGAGUCACGGCACAACACCCACACCACCGUGCGCGUCUUAGGGAAAGAAGUGGUCAGGGAGAAGCUGCGAGCAAAUCAGCCCUUCAAGGCCUUCGUGAAGAAGGGCCUCGACUCGUACAUGGCCCUGGUUGUUCUUGCAAACUUGGGCUGCAUCAUCGCCAUGACUGAGUGGACGGUCAGCCAAACGAGUGAAGCCUUGGGCUUACCUCAUACAGGAUGGGAAGGAGUUUCCCUGGAAACCUUCGAGAUAUUUGAAUUUAUCUUCUUCGCUAUCUACCUUGUGGAUGUGCUGUUGCGCAUCAUCACUCUCGGCCGAGAAUGGUAUUACGACCAGAUGGAGGGCAUAAUGUACCUCAACAUCUUUGACGGCGUGCUGGUUCUUAUCAACCUCUUCGAACUGGUUGCGCUUCCUGCGAUGAUGGUGGCGGGAGACCAGCAGCAGCAGCAAGCGACCACAAUUCGAGUGAUCAAGCUUGUGCGGAUUGUCCGCACACUUCGUAUCUUCAAGACUGUGUCCCUCUUUCGCCAGUUGCGGAUUCUUGUGGGGACCUGUGUUGCUAGUAUCGGUGCCCUCUUUUGGUCCAUGGUGCUGCUGGUCGUCUUGCAGAUCGGAUUUGCUCUUGCCAUGUGCCAGGCCUUACAGCUCUUCAUUCUGGAUGCCGGGCAAGACCUCGACACACGCUUGGAGAUGCACACCCUGUACGGAAGCUUCGGACGUGCCCUCUUCACAAUGUUUGAAAUCACGUUCAGCGGGUCGUGGCCUGUCCGAGUUCGGCCUGUGGUGGAGAAAGUGAGUGUUUGGUACGCUUUACCUUUUUUGGCAUAUAUUACAUUCGUGGUCUUUGCAGUUAUAAAAAUUGUGACCGCGCUGUUCCUGAAAGAGACGCUGACAAGUGCGGCCAAUGAUGCAGACAUGGUCAUGGAAGAUGCUCGACGUCUGGCCAAAGAUUAUACUCACAAGCUUGAAGAGCUUUUCCGCUUGGCAGAUGACGAUGGAGAUGGCAACCUCUCGCGGGACGAGUUUAAUGAAACUAUGAGCCUCCCCAGUGUGCAACAUUAUCUGAGGACCUUGGACAUGAGUAUGCAAGAUUGCCGGCCCCUCUUUGAUAUUCUGGAUGAUGGUGACGGCCUGAUUACUAUCACAGAGUUCGUCAGGGGCCUCUCGCAAAUCAAAGGCCAGGCGCGCGCAGUGGACAUUGUAAUCCUCCAGCGCGAGAAUGCCAAGCUCAUGACAGAGUGUCGGAAGAUUCGCGUAGAGCUGAUAAACAUCCA